GCAGGCGGCGGGCGGGGCGGCCCCGGCGCGCUGGGGUCCUGCGCGGCGGCGGCGGCGGGCGGGCGGAUCGGUGUCUCCUUCACUUCGCCCUCCAGUGCCCGCGACUGCAGCAGCGCGGCCUCCGCACGGCCCCACCCGCCCCGCAACCGGCCCCGGCCCCGCUCCGCCGCCCACCCGCGACACGCAGCACCAAUGGCGAUUCCUCCAUCAUACGCAGACCUUGGCAAACCUGCCAGAGAUAUCUUCAAUAAAGGAUAUGGGUUUGGGCUGGUUAAACUGGAUGUGAAAACAAAAUCUGCCAGCGGAGUGGAAUUCACAACAUCUGGGUCAUCGAACACAGAUACUGGAAAAGUGAACGGGAGCUUGGAGACCAAAUACAAGUGGGCUGAGUACGGUCUGACCUUCACAGAGAAAUGGAACACAGAUAACACCCUGGGAACAGAAAUAGCAAUUGAAGAUCAGAUUGCCAAAGGCUUGAAGUUGAUAUUUGAUACAACCUUCUCACCAAAUACAGGAAAGAAAAGUGGUAAAAUCAAGUCAUCUUAUAAACGUGACUGCGUCAACCUCGGCUGUGAUGUUGACUUCGAUUUUGCUGGGCCUGCAGUCCAUGGUUCAGCCGUCUUUGGUUAUGAAGGAUGGCUUGCUGGUUAUCAGAUGACUUUUGAUAGUGCCAAAUCAAAAUUGACAAGAAAUAAUUUCUCUGUGGGUUACAGGACUGGAGACUUCCAACUGCACACUAAUGUCAACGAUGGUUCUGAAUUUGGUGGGUCAAUUUACCAAAAAGUGAGUGAGUGUCUUGAAACUGCCGUAAAUCUGGCUUGGACAGCAGGUAGCAACAGCACUCGCUUUGGCCUUGCGGCUAAAUACAAGUUGGAUCCCACUGCUUCUAUUUCGGCAAAAGUGAACAAUUCUAGUCUAGUUGGAGUGGGUUACACCCAGACUCUGAGGCCAGGUGUGAAGCUUACGCUGUCUGCCCUGAUAGAUGGAAAGAGCAUCAAUGCUGGUGGCCAUAAACUUGGUCUUGGCCUGGAACUGGAGGCUUAAAAAGGUGAAGACACUGCUGCAGAGAAGGAAUAUCUGAAGAAUUUGGCCUUAAAAUAAAAAGUAUUUCCAAUGUGACCAGCAGGCUUUAUUUCCAGGAAGGAUGAUCUCUAGAACAAGAGCUGUAUUUGAAGUAUUUAGACAGUUACUUCUUAGCUGGUUUCUAGUUAAAUUGGUUACCCAUCUAGUUAAAAUUCUGCAUUAGUGCAGUCACUUAAACAUUAUUUAAAUGUAUUUAACUGUUUAAUGCGCUACCCACAGAUAAUGAAAUAGACAUCUAUGAAUACUGUACGAUUGUGUGCAUGUUCGUUUUUAUGUUCCUUUUAACAUUCAAUAUUGCCAUUGAAUGAAAAAUUGAUCACUGGAUGUUUUGAAAUGAGGUCAACAAUUCUGUUGAAUGACCUGAACUAGAAAUCUAUUUGGUAUCCCAAGACAAAUUAUGAAUAAAACAAGUACACACACAUACUUGUGCCUCAGAUAUUUUAAGAGUAAAGGUAGGAGGGUAGUGCUCAGUUAAGUUUUAAGUAAUCCAAGAAGUAGUGCUCUGUACCUUUGUGCAAUUAAGGACCCCCACCCAUGACAAUACUGAAUACAGGUGAACAGUUGGAUUCCUCAAGCUCAAUGGAAUUCCUCAAAUGGAAUGUGCUUUUCUGUCAGGUAAGGUUUGUCAUAACACAAUGGUUUAGUUCCCCCUGUGAUCACCGGGCAAGGUGUGCUAUGUUCCUAGCUGGCCUCUUGAUGCGAGAAGUGCAGAUCAAUAUACUUGGCACACUGAGACAUUUUAAGAAAUGUUGUUUGAAAAAGCUCACCACGAACACACCCUUUGCUUAUAUUUGUAUGAAGUGAGAUGUAUCUCUGCAAUUGAAUGUAACAGUGUAAUGGUAUAACAGCCUGCUUAUCCCAACUGCUGUGAGAGGUUUCUGCUUAAAAUGACUGAAAUAAAGACAAUUUUAAAUGGA